GAAAUUAGCAGUAGUAGUAGAAUUUUACAAAUGGAAAUGGAAUCAACUCCAGAGAGUAGAUAUAGCGUUGCAGAUUGUAAAUACGCACGUAAACACAAGAAAAGAAGGAAAAUAUGUAUGCUCGUUCUAUGUGUCCAUAUUAUUCUGGUUAUAACUAUUACCAUCUUGAAUUUCACUGUUUUUAGACCCAAGCGUCCUGUCAUCACGCUCGAGUCCUUGACUCUCAAGGACCUGGCCGUGUCUGUCGACGCGGCCAAGUUCAAGGUCUUCCUUAACAUUACCAUGAGCGGUGACCUCUCCAUUUACAAUCCUAACAGGGUUAGUGUCCAAUACGAAGACAUCAACCCUUAUAUCGAGUAUAGAGGUGAAGAAUUCGGAGAUGUUCACGUCCCGGCGGGGAAGAUUGGGUCCCGGACCACCACAAAUAUGAACUUUGUGCUGAUAAUAAUGGCGGAUCGGCUAUCUUCGGAUCCCAAUUUGUAUUCGGACGUGGUUGAAAAGGGCAUGUUGCCGUUAACUAUUUACGUGAAUCUGAAGGGUAAAGUAAAACUAAAUGUACUGUUCAAAGUGAAAGUGAAAGUUUCAACCAAAUGCGAUUUAUCCUUGGAUAUCCGGACGGCAAGUCUAGCCAGCCAAUCCUGUCAGUCUAAGACUAAGUUAUAGCUUGGAUGUGAAUCGAUAUAAAUUUAGUGACAAUUAUGUAGUAGACAGAAAUAUACUAGCAGUAAAAAGUAGUACUCUUUACGUUUCGUGGCACACUUUGUUUAUUAGUCAAUAAGAAGUUUUUAUAACUAUAUAUGGUCGAGAUCGGGCUCGUCUAUUGCACGACAGAUCGGGAUUGAAACGUGAUGGGCUGAAGAUCCACCCCGGGUCCCAUCGAACCGAGGUACGAGGUCAGAAUGCCCGAUCUCGAGAACAUCGAGUCCAUGACCCCGGAAUCAACCCUGACUCCGAAUGAGCUCGAGGAAACAUUGUCGGAUCGAAUAACGGAAGGCGAAAUAUCCGUAACCGGUUGGGUAUCACGGCGGGAAUCUCGGCACUUAUUAAUGAGAAACCAGCUAAUUGGCAAAUCAUGGGAUUUUUUUACCUUCUAUAGAAUUGUACCUAAAGUGGGACUCCUCUACUAUAUAAAGGGGGUCUGAUUAUUUGUAAGGGACAUGGUUACACGCAUCCCAAAG